AUGGAUGUCGCAAGAGGACUCAAGUCACGACUGAAACAAAAGUUCAGAGCAAGAGAAGCACAAGAUGGAUCCGAAUCCUCACUCGAGCCACCGGCUACAACCACGCUGCCAGACGCGACCGCGCCCAAUGUCGCGCUUCAAUCAGACAAGGAAAUUAUAAACAAACAAAGCGAUGGAUCCAGAUCACCUGUAGUUGAGGAAAAUUCUAAGUGGAUAGAUCGAGGGAUUCUCUUUCUCAAUGUUGCGCAAGGCAUCUCCGAGAGCUCUGAUCUCUUGGCUCCUCUCAAGGCAGCUUGCGGUGCUACUAUUACACUGCUCGAGUCGAUUAAUUCAUCGACCGCCAAUCAGGACGCAUGGAGUCACCUCGUUACUUCGAUCAAACGGCAUCAACGCGCCUUAAUUCAACAGCUAGGGCGUCUAGAGAUGGAUAAGGCGACUCUGGGAAAUGCUUCUCAACUGAUGCAGCUCAUAGAAGACUACCAAAGGCGAGUAGAUUCUUCGCGAGGUGACGUAUCUGACGCCCUAUUCAGAGUCCUCGCCCAGAUAUUAGGAGAAGUCUUCAAGGAGAGCUCUGUCACAGAAGAAGACAUUCACGGGACUAAACUUGGGCUCCGACGCUUGAUGACACGUAUCGGGACCGUCGAAUUGGAAGCAGGAGCAAUAGCCUCACUAUAUGAACAGCUAAAAGAAGCCAAUUCACACCUAAUGACGGCAUUGCAACUCUAUGUGGCUAGCGAGACCACAGAAACCAAGGAGAUGCUUGGGAAUGUCCAAAGUCUCCUGAUGAACUCAACCGUGGUCACUGUGAACCUUCGCCACGGUAAUCAGCACGACAGAUGUUUGGAAGGAACACGAGUAGCGAUUCUCAGUCAGCUAGAACAGUGGGGACGUGACCUCGACUCCCAGCACAGAAUAUUCUUCCUCGGCGACGUUGCCGGCAAGGGGAAAUCGACAGUCGCAAAGGAGAUGGUCUGCCGUUGGGAGGAGCAAGGUAUGCUUGCGGCCCGCUUCUUCUUCUCCCGUGGUCAGUCCGGAGGAUCGACUGCUGGAGACUUUAUUCGACAUGUCGCAGCGGAUCUUAGCAGAACGUUCAAACCUAUUCGCCGCCAAAUCCACUCCGCAUUACAAGAUCAUGCCAUCCUUACGAAGCCAUUCGCAACGAGGUGGAAAACUCUGAUUGAGGAGCCGCUUCGACAGCUCCAAGGCUCGUACACCAUCGUCGUCGACGGACUUGAUGAAUGUAGUCAGGAAGGGCCCGCAGAUAACCGCACGGACACGCGAGAGAAUCUGCUGGAAGCGAUUCUCGGCACGUUCACCGCAACCCUCCCAGUGCGGAUCCUCAUCGCUAGUCGUCGAGAAGAGGACAUUGAACUGGCGCUUCGAGAUGCACCGUCAGUUUACUCCACGGGUGUUCAGACGGCACCUGGGCAGGAGCAUCUCAACACGCAGGAUCUAGAACGCUUUGUAUCAUUCCAGUUCACGCAUAUGAGCUUCGUUGGAUUCACGACGCAAGACGUACAAGAACUUGUCUCUCGAUCGGACGGGCUUUUCAUCUUUGCGAGCACAGCGUGUGGUCUCCUGCGCCGUUCGAAAGCUCGAAAAGCUCUUCUCAAGGAGAUUACAACUUCCGAGGCGUUUAGUGGUCUAGAUGGUCUCUACCUCGAGAUUCUCAAACGAAGCGCUCCUGACAAGCCCUCCCUGCGGGUGAUUAUUCAUUUACUCGGAGUAGUGCUUGCAGCUCGGGAGACGUUGACGUCGCGGAUCCUGCUCAACUUUCUCGACGAGGUGGAGGAUGUCGAGGGCGUGACGCAUGGACUCGCAAGUGUCCUCUACAGUGGCGGCAUGGACGACCCGGUAUACAUCAUUCACCCAACCUUUCGUGAAUUCCUUUUCCAAACCAAUCGCGCAGCCGAGUUCAUGGUGGACGUAAUGGAUGGGCACGGAAGACUCGUCUUGGCCUCCUGCAGAACGCUCUCCAACGAGCUCAAGUUUGACAUGUGCGGUGUGACUUCGGGUGCUUCUUUGACUCCCCUCAACAAGGAGAUUAUUGAUCUCCCCGAACGCGUCGUUCGGUCCACCAGCUCCUCGCUCCGCUACGCGGUGGCGCAUAUGAUCGAGCACGCUGUGUUUGUCCCAGAGUACGAUGGGAUCGUCUCAAGAUUGUCUUCCAUCUUUGAUCAGAAACUGCUUGAGUGGUUGGAGGCCGUGUUCUUCUGCUCAGCCUUCUCGCCGGUGAUGGCAAGCUUGAUGGAAUUACAACGCGUACUAGGUGAUAUUCACGACAAGCAGGCAGGCACAUUGCGUAAAUGGUGCUCAGAAACUGUGGAGCUUGUCAAGUCUUAUCAACACCUACUCCGAAUUUCCUUUAUUCAGAUCCACUUUUCGGUCCUCACCUUCUCUCCUCGGAACGGUCUCAUCUUCAGUCACUACUAUGAACGCGCUCCCGUCAAACUUCCAAUCGCCAAAGGCCAAUCAUUCGCAUCCAACGACCGCACCUUGGUCUUGCGUGGCCACAACAGCGUCGUGAACUGCGUUGCGUAUUCAUCUAAAGCCGCCUUGCUUGCCUCUGGCUCCAGGGAUAAAACCGUAAAGGUCUGGGAUGCGCAGACAGGAGCGCUCUUAUAUACACUGGAGGGACAUCAACAAGAAGUCAAGAGCUUAGCUUUCGCUAACGACGACAAGCAUUUACUUUCCGGGUCGAUGGACGGAACGAUGAUUAAGUGGGAUCCACACACAGGUCACUCCGUCGGAAAGGGCAUGGAUCUUCGCUCUGGGUGGAUCUGGUCCAUAAAGGUUGCAGCAAAACGAUGCAUGGUCGUGUGCGGCACUAAUGAGGGGACCUGUGGAGUGCAUCCAGAAAGCGGAGAGAUAUUAUGGACUUGCAGUGAUGCAGAUCAGAUGCCAGUGACUGCAGUUGCCCUGUCUUCAGACGAGGAGCUCCUAGUCUCUGCUUCAUAUGGGAAGACGGUCACUCUUUGGAAAGUAUCAUCACCUCCCUCCAGCAUUCGCACUCUCACUCUCGACAACAACAUCUACGAUCUUACUUUUGUGCCCAAUACAUCAAGAGUCUGUAUCGCCGCUCAAUACCUAUGUUUAUGGGAUAUCGAAAGCGGAAAGGAGAUAUAUCGCACCGAAGACGAGCGCCAAAAGCACAUUGUGGUAUCAUCAAAUGGUGAAACAAUCCUUGCCGUAGGUUCAUCGCUAGUAACUCGCAUAUGGGAUACGAAGAGUGGGAAGCUUUUGAGUGUGCCACUUCACGGUCACAACUCUGCAACCAGUUGCCUGGCUUACUCUCCUGACGGUACUACCUACGUCACGGGAUCAACAGACCGCACUCUCCGCGUCCAUCGCGUCGGUACCGAGCCGACUGACAGUCACAAAGACUCAGUGCCUGCCGAGAUCCGUACGAUAUCAAUCUCUCAGGAUGCAUCACUCGUAGUCUCCGUCGAUCGUUUAUGCAGGAUGAAGGUUUGGGACGGGACGACGGGCGAACUCCUUCGCGGACCGUUCCAACUGGAAGUGGAGACAGACGGAUACUACACUUCUCAAGUUGCCAUACUGCCAGGCGGAGAUCAUGUAGUAUAUCAUUGGCAUGACGAAGCCGGUGUUUGGAGUACCAUCGAUGGUACCAAACUGAAGACUGUAAACUUUGGAGAGGAAGAGAUUCUCCAAAUGUCCAUAUCUCACGAUGGUUGCACUCUAGCACUAUGGAAAAUGGCUUCUUUCGAUAUCUGGGAUAUUAAAGAUAUCCUCGCUUCGGAUCCAACCCUUCUGGCCACGGUUCAAGGCAAGGAACUAGAUCAAGCUGGUUAUCAGUCUUCCGACGUCGUUGCAUUUCACCCGAGUGACGACUUUCUUGCUAUGGAUCAAAUCGCAUGGGUAAUUCGCCCACUUCCAGCCCGGCCUGUCGAGCCAGUGGAUCUUGCUCGUGUCAUCUCCGAAACCUUUCCAAUCCUAUAUCGGUGGGACCAGGAGCACAAACUAGAUUGGGUUGACUUAGGAAGGCCAGUACGUAUGUCCAUUGCCAUUCCUGGUGAAUUCGACAUCAACGCUCACCGUGGACUUGGAACAACAAUCGCCCUUGGAGCAUUCGACGGGCGUAUGAUCAUCUUAGACUGUGAGAAGGCAAUGAAAGGGGACUAG